UAAAUUGUUGAUAUCUACAGCAUACAAUGUCCAUUAAAAAUGGUUAUUAAUUUUAUGUAGUUGUAAAACAUUUGAUUUAAUAUAAUGCUAGGUUUGUUUUAGAAGAUUGCUGAAGAACAUUAUAAUAACAUGUAUGGACCUAAAAUAGAUAACUUGCUUGGCCUUUUCUUAGAAAAUGAUAUAAAAUUUAUUGACACAGUCAGUUUAGACAUAAUCGAUAAAGAGUUUAUUGAAGAAAUUAGAAAUUUGCCCGAGGAUAUAUCCCUGUCUUUUGGCAGAAGUCUUCGAGAAUUUAAAUGUACUGUACAAGAUUAUGAAAGUCAAAGAGUACAUGAAAUAUUUUUGAAAUAUAAUGGUCUUCAUAAACUGACUAUUUCUAGAGUUAAUCUUCCUCACUCGCAAUUGCAAGAAUGUGAAUAUUCCUCAAUUGAAGAGGUUGUACUCGCUUUUCGUCAAUACAUUAACAGCUUAAGCUUAUAUUUUCAAGAACUAGAAAGUAUAGACACAUCUUUUACUGUGAUGGAACCAGUCAAACCUACCUUUAAAGAUGAUUACAGGAGAAUAUUACUUGAUGAAAGAACAUGGUUGCACGUUGAAGUGACCAGUAAUGGUUCAGCAAUGAAUAUUCAUCUUGUUGGUCAGUCAGAACAUUGGCAUGACAAAUUACAAGCUGGUCUAUUAGCUUGGGAUCAUGACAAAGACAUAGUGAGCAACAUUACAGACAUAUUUGAUUUGAUGAAAUCUUCAUCUUUUGUCAAGCAAUUAGACAAAGUAGAAGCAACAAAUGAUAACAAAGUUGACUUUCCCUCAUGUGCCAUAUGCUUCUGUGUUGAGUUACCAGACAACCCAGGAGUACCACAACCAGUGUGUCAGAAUCCUAAUUGUGGUGUUUACUUCCAUAAAAGUUGUUUAUUUCAGUGGCUUGUUGCUUGUGAGAGAGGUCGCCUGCCUGCAUUUGGUGUUGCAAAUGGCAGUUGUCCAACAUGUCUUCAAUCUAUAACAUGCAGCGAAAAAGACAACUAGCUUACGUUUUAUAGCAUAUACUAUUGUGUCCUAUUUAUAUUUCUUUAAUAAAGGUUUAAACUAUU